GUUCAACAUCCUCAUCUAACUAUCUCCAAAAUAUAAAAGCAAUAUAACAAAUUAUCAUCUAUAUUCCAAUCGUCUAAUCAUGCCUCAAGUCCUUCUUCUAGGCGGCCACGGCAAAAUCGCCCUCCACCUAACCCCGCUCCUCCUCGCUCGCUCCUGGAACGUCACCAGCGUAAUCCGCAACGCCGAGCAUGAAGCCGAAAUCCUAGCUCUGGGAAAGGACAAACCAGGUAAACUCUCAGUCUUGCUAUCUAGUUUAGACGACGUCAAGAGUCAGGCGGAUGCACAGGCUGUUCUGGAUAAGGUGAAACCAGAGUAUGUUGUCUGGGCUGCCGGAGCCGGCGGCAAAGGCGGUCCUCAACGCACAUACGCAAUCGACCGAGACGCUGCAAAACACUUCAUCGCCAGCUCCUUCGCAACCCCCUCCGUAACCAAAUUCCUCCUAAUCAGCCACAUGGGUAGCCGCAAGACGAAACCAUCCUGGUUCACCGAGGAAAGCUGGAAACGAACCGAAAAGCUCUGGACCGACAUCUUACCGGAUUAUUGCAAGGCGAAAUGGGAAGCGGAUCAAUACCAAACCGCUCUUGCGGCUGUUACAAAGACCAAAAAUCCGGAGAGGGAGAUUCAGAGCAUUAGUUUGAGACCGGGGUUGUUGACUGAUGAGCUGGCGACGGGGAAAGUGGCCAUGGGACAUGUUAAGGCUGCAGAGGGGUCGGUGACGAGGGAGGAUGUGGCUGUGGUGGCGGAUCGGUUGCUGGCGAGGGAUGAUGCGGAGGGAUGGUUUGAUUUGCUUAAUGGGGAGGAGCCGAUUGAUGAGGCGGUGGAGAGGGUUGUGAAGGGGAAGAUUGAUUCGAUUGGGGAUGAGGAUGUGGAGAAUAUGAUUAGGAAGUUUGAUUUGUAA